GUUUUGCGCUAAGAAAUUCGUGAUCCUCGAAUGGUUUCCUCGUCUCCGAGCGAGUCCGAUUCAACUUUCGCGCUUGUUACCGUUUUUCUAAAUUAGAACAAACGAUAAACGAAUACGGGUCACGGUGAACCGUAUCUGAUUACGUCAAUCGUAUUUUGAUAAAUUAACUGCGUUUAACUUUUUACGCGAAGGAUAAAUUAUGCGUUUAUUCCGCAUUCCCGCGCACUUCCUUCUCAGAGGAUUCUAUUUCGCUAAUAAGAAAAAUAUACCUUUCGAUACGAAUAGAUGAAUCAUAAAACGUGAAUGUCGAGUGGAAUAAGAUGUAUUUUAUGCAUGUUAGUUCAUUAGUAUUCCGCGCGUAAUACGCGCUUGAAUAUACAUGAAUAAGUAGCUUCUAUAAUAAGACAUUCGAGAGAGAAAUAGGAUGUGUUCGAUGAUCCACAUCAUGUACACAUCAUUUUUCGUAAAUGAAUUACGUUUUGUUGCGUUUAGGAUAGGUGAUAUCCUAUAUCGAUAUCGAGUUCGAAUCCUGGAGUAUCAUUGCCAUAUCAUCCGCACUUUUGAAUUUCUACAAUAAUAUAAUCCGGCGAUACAGUCAGUGCAACUAUUAAUAAAUGGUUAAGAAUUACUUUUAACGCAACGUUCGAGGAACUCGCGAUUCAUUUAUUAGGUUUAGAGCUAUUGAUAUGCCAAAUUGUCUAAAUAUUUUGAACAGCAGUUUCCUCGAACCAACUCCUCCAACUCAGUUGCACUGUGUGCGUCAGUUCUGUUUUACUUCUGAUCGAGAAAGCUUCUGCAUUUUGAUUUUCUCGUGAAUUUCAUUAAUCGGGCAAUUUUCCCUUCCUUUAAGUAUCUCUGUAGUUGAUAUGGAAGCUAUUAAUGAUUUAAAAUUUUUAACGACCAUAUUCGUAUAACGAUAAUGUCUAAUAGUCUCAAUGUCGAUAAUAAGAGUAUCGAGCAGAUUAGAGAUCGUAUAAGCCUCUCGUUAAAAAUGCAACGGAGCUUCAAGAAGAUGAAGAGGAGUAUCCGAAAGAUAACUGAAACUUCGACGAGUGUUCAACCUCACUGCGUUUUCGUAGAGAACAUGCAAGACGAUGAGAAACAACCGCUGUACAUAUUUCCGGAACGGCUCUCUUAUUUAACGUACCAAACGGGAUUUUCGAAGGAUGAGAUACGAAAGCUGUAUCGAGCCUUUAAACAGCAUUGUCCGAAAGGGGCCGUAACCACGAACGAUCUGAAACCAGCGUACGCAAAAUUAUUUCCGUUAGGAGACCCGGCGAAAUACGCGCAAAUCGUUUUUAACGCUUUUGAUAAGGAUAGGGACGGUAUCGUUAGCUUCGCGGAUCUCCUUAACGAAGUUGCUUUAAUUAUUAAUGGUGAUAUAGAUCAAAAACUCUCCUGGAUUUUCAGAUUUUAUGACCUAAACGGAGACGGUUAUAUCACAAGAAAGGAAAUGCUAGUUAUAAUGUCCGCAAUUUAUGAGAUGCUGCAUAACGGACAGAUUAUUCAACGGAUGGCAAACAGACACGUGGACAAAGUUUUCGAAAAGAUGGAUGUUGAUAAGGAUGGAGUUAUAUCUCAGGAAGAAUUUACGAGUAUUUGUAAAAAUGAUAGUGUAAUUCAAAAACAGCUGGCAAUAUUUAAUCAGUUCUGGUGAUGACAUAUAUGUAUACAUUGAAAUUUCUAAGUUACGCUUAUCCUAAAAGAAACAAGGUAGCUUGAAAAGUUUUCUGUUUCAUAAAUAUUCUUAUUUGCAUGAUAAAAUAGUACAGUUACAAACACAGCUUCCCCAAAAGUUGGAUAACAACGUUAUACAUAAUUAUGCAUAAAGUUAUUUAUAAUUCAACAAUACUUCAGAUGAGAUAGCUUUUCUCCUUCCCCAUGAAAGAUAUAUAUCUUCGCCUUUCUAUGUACAAUAGCUCGUACUUUCAAAAUAUUCUUUUCUGUAAAAUGUAAAAAACGCAGGCAAGGAAAAAUGCAAAUGCCAAUGUUACUAAA